GUGUUUUAGUCCCUUAGGAUCAAGGUCCUCUAGGCGGGGUUGAGAGAACUCCCAGAUUGUUAAAUUCGCCAAUUCUCAUAAAGUUCUCUGCCAAAUGUCUCUGUGCUUUUGAAUCAUAGUAAAGAGAUUCAAAACAAUAUUCACGCCUUGAAAUUGCCCUUCGUUGGGAUAAUGACGUCACAGCUCUGGUCCUUAACUCCAUGGGUCGAUUCUGGCGAUACAUGGCAUAAACGCCGUGUUCCAUACACGCAAGAUGCAACAUACCUUCACACUCUCGACCUUUGGCAACCGAAGUCUGCUCAAGGUUCUUCGCUGCCGAAAGCAGACUUGUUGCCUUAUGGCAAAGGCCCUUGGGUCAUCUAUAUCCACGGCGGGGCAUGGCGAGAUCCGCUCGUCGACUCUUCGUCCUUCGAAGCAACUGCCCUCAAACUUCUAAGCGACAAAAACAAAGCCAUCGCAGGCGUCGCAUCAAUCAAUUAUCCUCUUUCAAGCCAUCCCAAUCAUCCUAUGCAUCCCGCACCACCCCGCGAUUCGUCAGAGCCUGUUGAUGUUGCUCGGCAAGCUAAGCAUCCUGAUCACAUAAUCGCUCUCCUCACGGCUAUCUCAUUUCUGCAAAAUGAUCUUGGGGUGGCUCAUGAUUAUAUCCUGUCUGGUCACAGCUGCGGUGCUACCAUGACGUUCCAGACAUUGAUGAACCCCGAUCACUGGCUAGGUACUGCAAAGGGAAUCUCGGUUCCCAAGGUGAAGAAGCCAAGAGUCAUAGCUCCUCUCAACGGACUAUACGAUCUCGCUGCCUUCAUCAACGACCCGCCAGAAUCUCACAAACAACUUCAACCACUGUAUACCGACUUCACGAAAAACGCUUUCGGCGAUGACGGGGCGGUAUGGAAGGCUGUCUGUCCUACAAGUGUCACAGACUGGAGCGCAGAGUGGCCUGAAGGCAAGGUCGUUGUAAUUGCUCAGAGCAAGGAAGACGGUCUUGUCCCGUAUGCCCAGACUGAGCUUAUGAAGGACCACCUGAGAAAGACAUCAACGCUUGAAAUUGUUGAGAUGAGAGCUAGCGGUGAUCACAACGAUCUAUGGAAACAAGCCGAUGAGAUCGUAGAUAUCAUAAAGUGCGCAGUUGGAUAUCUAACCAAGCUCUGAUUAUUCAAGGACUUUGAGAAUUACAAGUCAGUUAAAGUCAGGUAGCCAAGCUAGAAACCAAACAAGUCCAGUCAAUGCUAGAUAAUCCCAACAUUUGGCAUCUCUUUGCCAUCCUUCCACGAUGCCAUCACCUGCUUUACUUCUUCAUCCGUAAGCUUGCCUUCUUCUUUGCGUAUGUAUCCCCUAAGAUACAAUUCAAC